AUGUUGUCAAAAUCAAAAACAGAGGCCCUGAAUUCAAACUAUCCACCGGUUUUACCAACAAAUAGUUCAAUUGUUAAACAAAGUAGAAAACAGAAAAUGGCAAUGAUUAAACGUUCAUUGACAUUUGAACAAACUGGUGGGAAUUCAAAAUUAUGUCAUACAUCUAGUUCUUUAUCUCCACCAUCAUCUAUGCCUACAACUACAACAUUACAACUACAAUGCACAAAUCAGUGUGAAAAACAAAUUUUUGCAUUUUCCUAUUUAUUACGUACAAAUCCACCAAGAUUACCUGAUGAUAUUUUCAAUGAUCUUAAUUUGAUAAAGUUAUCGUCAAUGCCACAAUCAGUGGCGGCAGCAGCGACCGCAGUAGCAGCAGUCACAUCACCAGCAUCGAGAAGAUCAACUGUCAUAUCAAGGUCAAAUGUCAAUUCCUCUCUAACCGGAAAAGUCAAAGUAAUUAUCUGCGUAAAUCAAACAUGCAACAACAGUAGUAGUCAAGGCUUGGCAAUGGUCGCCUCUACAGCGCUGAAAACAGUUGGUGGCCUCUUGCCAACUAAUCAUCCAUUGAGUACAAUUCAUCCAAAAGUCGAUAGAAAUUCCCUCUCCCCGCCUUCUUCUUCAUCAUCGUCAACCAGCUGUGUAGAAAUUGAUCAAUAUCAUAAGACAAUCACAUUACUGGAUCCAACACCAUCACGUCGAAGAAAUGGUGGACAUUCAAAAAUGUAUAAAUUUGAUAAUAUUAUAACACAGGAUACAUUGAAACCUGAAUUAUGCUCUAUCGUUCUCAAGGAUGCAAUGGCAUCUGUACUGAAUGGAAAGGAUAGUUGUAUACUGACUAUAGGACAUAAAGCUACUGGUAAAACUCAUUCAAUGCUUGGUUAUGACUACUCUUCAAUGGAAUGUGGUAUUAUCCCAUAUGCUAUAAGUUGGUUAUACCAGCUAUUGAAUUAUCAAAAAUAUUAUUACAAUACACGAUUUUCUAUAAGAAUAUCAGCUGUUGAAAUCUUUGGAUUGAAUGAAGAAUUUCGUGAUUUGUUGGCGAAUACAGCUGCAUCGUGUGAUGAAGAAUACUCAGAUCAAUCACCAAGUCAUUAUUUACAAACAUCUACAGAUCAGAAUAAACCUUCUUCAUGUGAUAAAAAGUCUUCAGUGAUGACGACAUCUUCAGGAACUACUUCUACUACACCGAAUACAAAAUAUUAUGACAAAAGUCAAUCAGUAUCAGCUAAAAUGAUUGACAGGUUAUCACACUUAUGUGAGUUACGUGCGUCGAGUGCUGAAAAAGCAGCUUACCUAUUGGACACAGCCCUGUCAAACCGUUCAGUACACACGUGUGACCAAUUGUCUGGUUUAUCACAUAUGCUAUUCACAAUCCAUUUAUAUCAAUGUAAAUUAGAAAAUAAUCAUGAUGAAAUGACAAUUUCUGGGGGUCGAACCAAACUGCAUUUCCUUGAUUUGGGUUGUGGAAGAUAUGGACAACAUUUGAUCAGUUCAAACAAGCAUACAAAUUCAUCGUCAUCGUCAUCUUCUGCAGCAGUAACAAUGGCGGAAGCAACAGGAUCUCCACCUGUAUCAUCAUCAUCAUCAUCGCCAUCGUCUCCUGGUCAAAGCGCUGAAAACUGUACGACAUCAAAAGCUCUCUCCCUCUCUGGUAUCGGUUGUGUUCUCUUGGCUUUGUUAACCGGUAGACGACAGUUGCCAUUCAAUGAUUCCUCAUUGACAUAUUUAUUACGUGAAGCAGUUAGUGGCAAUCAAAUACAACCGUGUAUUUUAGCUCAUAUAUCUAGUAAUGUACAAUAUUAUACUGAAACGUUACACGUAAUUCAACUUGCAGCGGAAAUCAAUCGACUUCGACGUCGUAAAGUUGGCAUCAGUCAUACUGGUACAAUAUCAUGCAAAGAUAAUGACAACAGCAAUAAUAAUAACAAUAAUCUAUCAAUGCAUCAUAACUCAGAUCGUAGUCAAGAUGACACGGGUUCUUCAUCAAUUGAUACAGAAACAGGAUAUAUUCGCGCACGUAGAUCAUUCACGUAUUCACGUAGACCAAGACUUGGUCGACUGUCUUACGCCAGAUCAUUGGGAUCAUCGUGUAGUUCAGAAGUUGACUGUACAUCAAGUGGUGAACAAACAUGCGACACAGUGAUUUAUGUUGGUGAUAAUAAAACUUCACUAAAGCCUACACAUCGUUAUAGUGAUGGUAGUCAACUGUCGAUAAAUGAACUGGGUCCAAGAGGAUUAGCUGAUGGGAGUGUUGAUGUUCAUAGUGUAAAUUAUCGAAGUCAUAGAGGAUCAACUGAAUCAGUGGUGAUGAUGAUGAAGGAUGAUGAACAAUCGAUAAUGAAAAGACAGCAUUCAGGCAAUCAUAAUCGAUCAGUUAACACGGGUCAUUCGAAUAAUUCAAGUACAGUGAAACGUAUGAUACCUAGAACAAAUGCUACAGCAUGGCCACGUAUAAUUAAUUUAAGACGAUCUAAAAAGUUGUCUACCUCAUUAUCACCAACAUCACUGUCGUCGUCUACAGGAGGAACAACAAACAUUACAAUCACUGAAGAAACAUGGAUUGAUGGUCCAAAUGUUUCACUGACGCCAACGUCUACAGUGGCGCCGCCAAUACAUGUGACUCCGACACAUAAACAGAAUGCAGCAAAUAAUGAACAGAAUCUUGUGAAUUUAACUCCUUCUGAAGAGAAUAUACGAAAGAAUGAAAGGAAUUGCUCAUCUGCAUCUACAUCCACGCCCACGCCCACGCCUACAUCUGCACCACCUCCGCCUCCACCUCCACCUCCACCGUCAUAUCAUAAUUGUGUACAUAAUUUAAUUCAAGAUAAUCUUACAACUUCAUUUAUAUGUAAUACAGAAGAAGUUUGUGAACAGUUGAAAGAAGAACCAAUUGUUAAUUCAAUACAAACACAAACAUCUCCUAUACCUCAUAUGAUAAAUAUUCAUAAUAUGAGUAAUUCAAUUAAUGAACAAUCACGAAAUACCACUGCUCCUCCUCAUCCUCACCCAACAACAACAACUACUACUGCAACUACUACUGAAAACAAUUUUAUCAGUAGUAAUUCUAGUGGUAGUAGUAAUAGUAGUACAUGUUCUACACUAGAGAGUAAUCAGCAUAGAAAAGUGCCUAGAGCACUAUCAGAUAUAUCAGAGCGUACAGAAGAUGCUGAAACACUUCAGGAAUCAAAUUCUAGCAGUAGACAGUUAAAUUUAAAUCUGUCACAUGAAUGUUUAACUACAACAGCAACAGCAACAAGUUUUUUAACGCCAUCACAAUUAUUUUCAUUCGAUGAAAAAACAUUUUGUUCGAAUCCAUUUCUCAGUAAUGAUAAUCAUCAAAAAUUCAUGGAUAAUAACAACGGCAACAACAACGUGACAUCAUGUUCAGUGAAUACAUCUACAAAACCAACUGAAGUAUUACUUGAUAUUGGUAGACAAAUACGUGAAGCGUCAAAGUGUAACAAUUAUAUGAUUCCAACAUCUUAUAUGUCUGUUGUAAAUGUACCACAAUAUUUAAAUUGUUUAAAUGAAGAUGAAGAAUUAAUUUCAAAUUUAAAAAUCACCAGCACAACCAUCCCCACCACCAACAACACCAUCUCCAACACGAACAACAACAACAAAUCACCAUUAUUCAAUCAUGAUGAAUUAAAACAAUAUUCAACAAUCAAUGAAAAUGUAGGCACUACAAGAGAUGAGAUAACCUCGGCAAAUUCUCAUCAAAUAAACUCAUCAUUAUCAAGUAUGAAAUCAACAGACAAUAAUGAUGGCGGUAGUAUUAAACGUACCGUUUCAUUCAAUGAACCGACAUCAAUUGCAACAGUUAGUCAAUGUCAAAAGCAACAAAUCAAGACACAACGCACAGCAUCGCAAUCACGAAAACAAACAUCAAAGAUUAGGAAUGCUGAAAAAUCCCCGGAAGUGUCUUCAUCAGUAUUAAAUGGUAAUAAUAAUAAUAAUGUAACUAGCGUUAUUGCUAGUACUACUGCUACUAAUAUCAGUAGUAACAGUUCAUUGUUUCGUGUUGCUCAGUGGAUUAAUUCAAUUACCCCGCUAUAUUCAACGGAUCAAUCUGUUCAAUGUUUCAAUGUGAACAAUAAUUGUUCGGCGUGUACUGCAACUAAUAAUAAAUGUGAUCACAGUGUUAAUAAUUCAAAACAUCAUUGUUUAAAUUCUGCAAAUCAAACAAUUCAUUCAUAUUUAAAUAAUGCGGAUAAAAAUAAUACUACUAAUAAUAAUGAUGUACAUUAUUCUGUUUAUUCAACAACAAUGGCGGGAGUGACACCAGUGGCAACAACAAUCGUCACAACGACACCUUCAACACUGAAUGAUUCAGCUAUCGGUUCAUUAAAAUGUACAAAACAGAAUGGUUUAUCAAAGAAUUCAAGUUGUAUGGCAAAAAUAUGUGAAAAUAAACAGACUUUUCCCUUGUACAGCUCAUCUCCAGUUGUUCCACCGCCAUCUCUUUUAUCAAGUCACAAUGAUACAAACCCUCUGGUAUAUCCGUUCUAUUCAAUGAAAUCCGAUGAUAUCUGUCAAAUUCUACAAUCUCAUUCUACACCGGUAUUUAUUUCGCCUCAGGAGACAGCCACCUCUCCUAGUAAUCAUAACAAUAAUUGUAAUAAUAAUAAUAAUAAUUCUCACCCACCGUACACUUACCAAGCAACAUCCCCUCCGGUUAAUGCAUCAGAUCCUUACACGCAUCAACUGACAACAGAUAACAAUGUUGUCGGUGAAAGACUGGAUGGCCUCAGAAAUCAAAUGGCAUUGAUUAAUCCCCAGAUCAGUCCGGCUUAUCACCCAUAUUAUCAAUAUUAUUAUUAUCACUAUCAGAAUCAACAUUAUGAUCCUAAUCAAAUAUGCUUUAAUAAUAAUAAUAAUUCAACGGAUGAGAUGACACCGAAACAAGCCUUUUAUCCGCCUACACUCUGUCAACAGGAUCAAUUAACACAGAUCAAGUUGGCUCACAAUCAAAAUAUUGCACAGGCAGAUGAAAAUUAUAGUGCUAACAAGCCUAACGCUUACCAUAAUAAUGAAGAAGAACAAGGGGAGGCGAUGGACAAACCUACAGAAAAGUUGAAAGCGAAAUUAUCCUUGAAAUUUUUAACUCUACCAUUAUUUCGUAAUUUUCGUCUACGUAGAAAAGAGAAGAAAAGAAAUUCAGGGAAGGCGAAAAGAACUACAGAUAAGGAGGAGGAUAAUAAUAGUAGUAGUAUUAGUGUGACAAGAAAUGGUGAUGUUGAGCACGAAGAAGAAGGAGAUGAUGACAGAUGUUUAAUAAAACCUUCGCCAAUUUUACAUUCUUUGAGUCUGCCAGUCAAAUUAACAACAUUCGGUUAUCAGCCUGCGGAGGGUAAUAAUAUGAAACCGAACAACUUAUCAUGUACUGAUAAUUGCUGUCAUUGUCAUCCUCAUUCUCAGCAUCUUCGUGAUUAUCAGCAACGUCGUCAACAGCGUCAACUUCCUUCUCCUCCUCCUCCUUCAACUCCUGCUCCUCCUACGCUUGGCCCUCAUUCUCAGACAUCAUUUUCACCAACACAAGCACCAGCACCAGUACCACCACCACUUCAUGGAUAUCGACCUCAUUCUAGUAUUUCUUCUCGUCUCUCUGCUAGUCACCACCAUCAUAAUCAUCAAGCGUCCAGACAGUUUAAUUCGCAUUUAUGGAGUCAACACUGCACUGAGAAUGUUGAAACACCGAUAAUCAAUUGUUGUAAUAAACAUAUACCGCAUAGUUAUUCAUUGCAAAGUAAUGGAUCUUUUUUAAACCAGAAAAAUGAUAUAAAUUUAAGUUUGUCGAAUAGUCCAUCUACAGGAUUCAAUGCCGUCAGUGGGAAAUUAUCAGCUUCAGUGUGUCGAUCAACUCGCCGUAGUAUGCAUAUAACUGGCAGUGGAGGAGGUGGCGGUGGCGGUGGUGGAGGACCAUCUAGUAGUGGUUAUGAAAGUAUGCGUACCGGUGCUAGUGAAUUAUCCCUUUCACAUCAAGAUUCAGCUAGUGAUUGUUCUGGUCAGUGUAAAGAAAUCCUGUCAAGACGUUCAUCAUUGGAUGGAUAUCGUCAAAGAUGCAAUAGUCAUCAUCAUCAACAUCUUCAUUCUCAUCAUCUUCAUGCUCAGUCGCAUUCUUCUCAUCAGUCUCAGUCUCAGUCACAUUCACAUCCACAUCAAUAUGAUCAUCGUUCCAGUUAUCAACAAAAUAAUCAACAACAUUUAGUGAUAAAUAAUCAAAGUUAAAUAUAUGAGUAAUAUUCUUGUUUUUCUAACGAUUGUAUAUUUUAAAAGUCAAACUCUUAAUCAGCACCA